AUGGCCGCAUUUGAUACGCAGCUGCGACUCGUUGGCAAGUCGCACUACUCUGAGAUCAAUUCGGUGGUGACGGGGAAGGAUCGCAUCGUGGCAUGGCUGCUACUGCUGCUGCAUGCGCUUGCGCUGGUCAUCUCGGUGCUGCUGCUGCUCAGCCCGAACAAGCUAUUCAACAAACACAGCGGACUGGCCACGGUGUCGCUCAACAGCACACUGCUCGUGUCGCCGCUGUCAAAUGGAUGGCAGGCUGCAGACUCUCCCUCCAGCUCGACCAAUCUGACCGCACCAAGCGCAGCAUAG